AUGUCCGCACAAAGCAAGAGCGGCCUCAACGAGGCAGACCAGAAGGAGCUGCACUCGUUCCUCGAGACGAAGCAGGCCGAGGCACGCAUCCAGAGCACCAUCCACGACCACACCGACCGCUGCUGGGACAAGUGCGUCAAGAGCGCACCGGGCACGUCGUUUGCGCGCGGCGAGGAGGCCUGCCUCGCCAACUGCGUCGACCGCUUCCUGGAUACGUCCAUCUUCAUUGUGAAUAAGGUGUACGGCAAGGCCCAGGCCGGCGCCUGA